AUGGAAAAACUGCUUCUAUAUCUGUUCUUCAUUGGCUUAGUGCUGAAGGCUGAGACCUGUCCCAAGCGCUGCGUAUGCCAGAUCUGGUCUCCCAAUCUUGCUACACUUUGUGCAAAGAAAGGGCUAUUGUUUGUCCCUCCUGACAUUGAUAGGAAGACAGUAGAGUUGCGGCUGGCAGACAACUUUGUUACAAAUAUCAAGCGGAAAGAUUUCGCCAACAUGACCAGCCUGGUCGACCUGACACUGUCUAGGAAUACAAUUAGUUUCAUCACCCCUCAUGCAUUUGCUGACUUGCGCAACCUGAGGGCUUUGCACUUGAACAGUAACCGAUUGACUAAAAUCACCCAUGACAUGCUAAGUGGGCUUUCCAAUCUGCAUCAUUUGAUAUUGAACAAUAACCAGCUGACAAUGAUCUCUUCCACUGCUUUUGACGACGUCUUGGCUCUUGAGGAGUUGGAUUUGUCCUACAACAACCUGGAGACCAUCCCCUGGGAUGCUGUUGAGAAGAUGAUCAGCUUGCACACCCUCAGUUUGGACCACAAUAUGAUCAACAACAUUCCCAAGGGGACGUUCUCCCACCUCCACAAGAUGACCCGGCUGGACGUCACGUCCAACAAACUGCAUAAGCUGCCGCCUGACCCUCUCUUCCAGCGAGCUCAGGUUUUAGCCACCUCAGGAAUCAUCAGCCCAUCCACAUUUGCACUGAGCUUUGGAGGGAACCCUCUUCAUUGCAAUUGUGAACUUUUGUGGCUGAGACGCCUUUCCAGGGAGGAUGACCUAGAGACAUGUGCUUCACCUUCUGUUCUGUCUGGCCGCUAUUUCUGGUCGGUCCCCGAGGAGGAGUUCCUGUGUGAACCCCCCCUCAUUACUAGGCACACGCAUGAGCUCAGAGUGCUAGAGGGCCAAAGAGCCAUCCUGAGAUGUAAAGCCCGUGGUGACCCCGAGCCUGCUAUACAUUGGAUUUCCCCAGAAGGCAAGCUGAUUUCUAAUGCAACCCGGUCUCUGGUAUACGACAACGGAACACUUGACAUUCAUAUCACGACCAUGAAGGAUACAGGCUCUUUCACCUGUAUUGCUUCCAACCCAGCGGGGGAAGACACCCAGUCUGUAGAUCUUCACAUAAUCAAACUGCCUCACAUAGUAAACAGCACAAACCACAUCCAUGAGCCAGAUCCUGGCUCCUCGGAUAUAUCAACUUCGACCAAAUCUGGCUCAAAUGCAAGCAGUAGCAACGGGGAAACAAAAAUUAGCCAGGACAAGAAGGUGGUGAUAGCAGAAGCCACAUCAUCCACUGCCCUGCUUAAAUUUAAUUUCCAAAGGAAUAUACCCGGGAUACGUAUGUUCCAAAUUCAGUAUAACGGAACAUAUGAUGAUUCGCUUGUUUACAGAAUGAUACCUCCCAUGAGCAAGACCUUCCUGGUCAACAACUUGGCUGCGGGGACGAUGUACGACUUGUGUGUCUUAGCAAUCUAUGACGAUGGCAUCACCUCCUUGACAGCUACUCGCGUGGUGGGGUGCACCCAGUUCACGACAGAGCAGGACUACGUGCGCUGCCAUUUCAUGCAGUCCCAGUUCCUGGGUGGGACCAUGAUCAUCAUAAUCGGAGGGAUUAUCGUGGCUUCUGUCCUGGUCUUCAUCAUCAUCCUCAUGAUUCGCUAUAAGGUGUGUAACAACGGCGGGCACCACAAGGUGACCAAGGUCAGCAACGUUUACUCCCAGACCAACGGGGCUCAGGCCCAGGGGUGCAGUGGAGCCGUCAUGCCCCAGUCUGGGUCCAAGCAGGCCGUGGGGCGUGAGGAGAGCCUGCAGUGCUGCAAAGUCAGCAACGACAGUGUGGCACAGUCGUCGGAAGCCUGCUGCAGCCAGGACUCCUCCACUGCUACCUCCUCUUUGCCUCCCAUGUGGACUCCUGGCCCUCCCACUUCCCAAAAGCUGAAGCGUAAGCCCAUGCCAAAGCCCAGCAGUGAUCCUCCACCGCCGAGCGAAGGCGCCGCUACCAGCCUAGAAUCCCAGAACACUAAUCGCAACAACUCAACUGCUCUGCAGUUGGCUAGCCAAACCCCAGACUAUGCCAAAGGGGGCUCCCAGUACAAAAGAGCACAAGCCAAGUCAAGUAAGUUCCUCACUUUGCCAGCUGACCCAUCCCGGGCAAAACGCAGGUACUCCCUGAAUGGAGAAUUAAUGGAAUACCAUUGUUAUAUUAACUCCUCAAAUGCAGGUGGAUUUUGGUCUAAGCGGAGCUUGUCUAUGAAUGGGAUGCUAAUGCAGACAGACUGUUCCAAUGUGGAUAGUGGCAAAGCAACUUUCUCAAGUUCUGAGUGGAUAUUGGAAAGCACUGUGUGA